AAACCGCCAUACAGCUACAUCGCUCUGAUUAGCAUGGCAAUCGCCAAUUCUCCAGAAAGGAAGCUCACCCUUCACGAAAUUUACAGUUUCAUCACCGAUAGAUUCCCUUAUUACCGAGAUCACCCAAAUUCCAAAGGCUGGAGAGGUUCCAUUCGACAUAAUCUGGCACUGAAUGACUGCUUCAUGAAGCUCGAUCGAAAACCUGGCAUGAAAGGUCAUCAAUGGGCGAUUGACCCCGAAUAUGAAGAUAUGUUCGAUCAUGGAAGCUUUCUGCGCAGACGAUACAGAUUCAAAGAUGGCAACAAGAAGAAGCAG